GCGCGCGCAGGGGCAAGGUCCGGGAAUCUCGCUCGGGGCUAUCGCGAGAGCCGACGGCAGGCGUCUUCCUCCGGUCGCUGGCCGUCACCGGUCAGUCCAUCCGCAAGGUCGGGGGCAAGAUGUCGCUAGGAGGGGCUCGCUGGCUGGCGGUGGCCGCGCGGAGCGGGGCGCUCUGGCUGGGGCCGGCCCCGCGGAAGGCCGGGAGCGGCCUGGGGCAGGGCUCAGUCCCUUCGCGGUCCCUCAUCGCCACCCGCAGCGGAGCCAUCUUGCCCAAGCCGGCUAAAAUGUCCUUCGGCCUUCUCCGGGUCUUCUCGAUUGUAAUUCCCUUCUUGUACGUGGGAACACUCAUCAGCAAGAAUUUUGCUGCCCUCUUGGAAGAACACGACAUUUUUGUCCCAGAGGACGACGAUGAUGAUGAUUAAUGGGUCACAGAAGGGAAAAAGCUGGCGCGACCCUUCUCCUCUGAUCGUAGCUCUGCUUUAUACUGUAAGGUGACCUGGCCACCCAGAGGGGACAGCCGGCCCUCUCCUGACGCUGAAGCCUCCGUAGCGAUCGUGCUCCUUCUCCAGAAGCAGAGGGGCAGAGGACAAACCCUCGGCCCUCCAUCUCCGUGACCAGCAUUCCCUGCAUGGCCCAGUCGGUGUGGUGUGUGUACAUAGCCUUGGUAGCCCAAACUCCCCUGUCCUCUGUGAAGGCCAGGCUGCAGCCCCAGAGCACUUGAACUAUGAAUAAAUAGCACUUUGUGAGUGAGGCCGUGG